UAACAUAACCUUAAAAUUUAAACUUCAGAUUCAGUUUUAUUGUUCUGUUUUGUUAUUAUUGUUAGGAAAGUAAGAAAAAUUCAUAAUUAGCCUCAUUCUCUACGCAAAUCAUAAAAGAUGUCCGAACGAAAAGUUUUGAACAAAUAUUACCCCCCUGACUUUGACCCUUCGAAAAUCCCUCGUAUGAAAUUGCCCAAAAAUAGGCAAUACACUGUAAGAUUGAUGGCACCAUUCAAUAUGAGAUGUGCCACCUGUGGAGAAUAUAUAUAUAAAGGAAAGAAGUUCAAUGCAAGGAAAGAAGAUGUGGAAAAUCAGGAUUAUAUGGGAAUCAGAAUAUACAGGUUUUAUAUAAAGUGUACACGAUGCUUGCAAGAAAUAUCUUUCAAAACGGACCCAAAGAAUACUGAUUACGAAAUUGAAGCUGGUGCAACUCGUAAUUUCAUGGCACUUAAACUUGCUGAAGAACAAGCCCAAAGAGAAGAGGAGGAAGCCAAGGAAGAAGAAGCCAAUAAUCCCAUGAAGUUACUAGAGAACCGUACAAAACAAUCAAAGAAUGAAAUUGAACUUUUAGAAUCAUUAGAGGAACUGAAAGACUUGAACAAAAGGCAGCAGGUUAUAGAUUAUGAGACAAUGUUGUUAAGUUACAACAACACUAUCAGUGAGAGGGAGAGGGAAGAAAAGUUACAACAGCUUGAUGAGGAAUAUAUUAAGUCUGUGAAGUUUCACUCUGGCCAGAAAAGGAAGCUUGUAGUAGAAGAGGAAUACAUUGAAGAGGACUGUGAAGAUCCAAAUCCUGACUCUCUAGGAGAAUCGACUGCAAUCUCAGCAAAUUCAUCUUCAGAAAAAACUGAACACCAACCCUUUGAUACAGGCCCUAGUAGCAGUUGGAGUAUUGCCAAUAGGAAAGCAAGUGUCGCAGUUAAAAAGCAUAAGUCUCUCGUUGGAAUUGUAAGGCCGAAGGCAAUAAAUACAUCUGUGGAAACAGCAACACAAAGCAAAGAAGUCACAGAAAAAACACCUGAUCAACUAGUUGAAACCGUAAAAGCACCAACUGCUAGUGGUCUUUCUCUAUUGGGUGCUUAUUCUGAUAGUGAUGAAGCUGGUAGUGAUUAGACCAUAGGAAAAAUGUUUUGAAAUGGAGAUUCUGUUUCAAUAUGUCAACGAGGAAAAAUAUUUUUAGGAAAGCAGCAAAUCAAUUGUUGACUCUCGGUAUCCAUGUAACAUGAAGCAGUGUAUACUACAAAACAUUUUUACUUUAGAUAUCUGAUGAAAAACGUUGAAAAAAAAUGAAUUGAAAAGGAAAUAUUUUCUAAGGGCGAUUCUUUUUUGGGGAAAAACUUUUAGCUUUCUACUCUUCCAUCAUUAUAUAGAAUUCCGAAAUAAGAUAAAAAAAAUAAAUGGUACAUUAAUGAAAACUCUUAA